GUUGUGAUGGGGGGCCGCGGCCAUCUUGGAUCAACGGCGCUCCGCACCGAGCAGCAGCAGCAGGAGAGGACGGACGGACGGAGACGCCAGUUAGCUACCUGACGUUAGCUGCUCGGCGAGAUUAACCACAAUCUGUGUCGCUGUGCGGUUCGACUAUGCUUUAUAAGAAGCUGCUUGUUCUCCCUCAGCUGCCACUUUGAGGGCGUAACAUGGUUGUGCACUGUGUUCAGAGUUUGACGUUUUAACUCGGGAGAGGGCGGCGGCGGUGCACAUCAUCGGUAUAUUUUGUAAAAUUUCUGGAUAGAGGAGUUACUAUGAAUGGAGGAUAAAUGUUGCCAAAGGCUGACCGCAGCAGUUUCGUCAUCUUCUCUCUCCUCUUCGUCCUCUCGUUAACGGACCCACCACGGGCAGGUCCGCGGCUAGCUCUGGCAAGAUUAUUGUCAGAGCAGCGCUGCAGCCCUGGGCAGUUCGCCUGCCGCAGUGGGAAGAUGCAGUGUAUCCCGAUGUCCUGGCAGUGUGACGGCUGGACGGCAUGCGAGGACAAGAGUGACGAGUUGGACUGUCCCCCGAUAAAGGAGGAGCGGUUUCGUUUUGGCAACGGCUACGACCAGGUGGAGGACGUCAUCGGCGUGGCUCAGCCUGCGCGCUUCAACAAGAAAUGCCCCGGUGGGUGGCACCACUACGAGAAGACGUUCAGCUGUUACAAAGUGUACCUGAGGAACGAGAACUACUGGCAGGCUGUGGACACGUGUCAGAAAGUCAACGGCUCGUUGGCUACUUUUGUGACCAAUGAGGAGCUGCAGUUCAUCCUGAAGAUCGAGGUGGAUUUCGACGACAAAGUCUGUGAGCGCCGAGACCAGUGCAAGUUUUGGGUGGGCUACCAGUAUGUGAUAACCAAUCAGAACCAUUCUCUGGAGGGCCGCUGGGAGGUCGCAUACAAGGGGCCCAUGCAGGUGUUUCUGCCCCCUGAGGGUCUGACCAACUUUGGGGAGGCGUCUCCCACCCAGGACAAUGGCUUCUGUGCCCAGCUGCAGCGCUUUCAGAUCAAAAGCAUGAAUGAACGAGGCCUGCACAGCUGGCAUGCCGAGAACUGCUCCAAGAAGUUCCCGUUCCUCUGCAAGAGGAAACAAACGUGUGUGGACAUAAAAGACAACGUUGUGACCGAGGGGUACUACUUCACCCCCAAGGGAGACGACCCGUGUCUGAGCUGCACGUGUCAUGACGGCGAGCCCGAGAUGUGCGUGGCUGCGUUGUGCGACCGUCCGCGGGGCUGCCAGCACUUCCGCAAGGACCCCAAAGAGUGCUGCAAGUUCACCUGCCUGGACCCAGAUGGAAGCAGUCUGUUCGACUCGAUGGCCAGUGGGAUGAGGCUGAUCGUCAGCUGCAUCUCGUCCUUCCUCAUCCUCUCUCUGCUGCUCUUCAUGGUGCACAGACUCCGUCAGCGGAGGCGCGAACGCAUCGAAACUCUGAUUGGAGGAAACUUGCACCACUUCAACCUCGGGAGACGAGUCCCGGGCUUUGACUACGGCCCGGAUGCCUUCGGCACCGGCCUCACUCCCCUGCAUCUGUCUGAUGACGGAGAGGGAGGAGCUUUCCAUUUCCAAGAGCCUCCUCCGCCGUACGCCGCCUACAAGUACCCCGACAUCCAGCAUCCCGACGACCCCCCUCCUCCGUACGAAGCCUCCAUCAACCCCGACAGCCUCCUCUACGUGGGCCUCGGACACGGGGUUUCCAUGCUGCCGAGCCAGAUGAACGCCACGGCAGACGGGCGCCAGGCAGCUCUCCCCCACGCCUCUGGCCCCGCGGCGGACUCGGCAGCGCCCUCUCAGGAGAGGGAGGACUCCAUAGACAGCUGCACCUUCCUGGUGGGGCCCGACAGCCCCGCAGAUGGCCACGCCCCUCCUUCCAUGCCCGCAGACUCCCUCAGCACCGCUGUGUAGGUCUGAGGACGGACGGCAGGGCGCCGCAUCCGGACCUGAAGGUCAUGAGGGCGUUCGGCGCCGGCAGAGGUCGUUUAUCAAAAAUGCCGACGGCAGGGAGCGAUCGGGUUUGUACAGACACGACGGAAACCCGUUUCUUUGACGGGCGAGGAUGCCCACUUUCUAAAGACUCCUCUGCAGUCGGCCUCUGACUGGGUUUUCUUUUCUUCUUUUUUUUUUUUUUAAACCGAGAGGACUGUUUCUACACAGAGGAAAAACCCUGUUUACUUUUAGCAUCGAUCGAGCAGAGCUUUUGAAACAUCUCAGAGUUGGCCCGAUUGGUAGAGAGGCCCAAAUGUAAAUACCCCUUCAGGUCUGUGUCGGUCAGAUGUGUUCUACUUGUGUGUCACACCUGAGCACAAGAGAGACAGGCGGACGGUGAGGUCAUCUCAUGUUUGUUGUGCGUUUCUGUUUGCGGGCGUAUCUGUUGGUCGGUCCAGGCUCCAACGAUGUUCUCAUCCGCUCCGUUGCGGCAUGUCCCACGUCUCGAUUUCUACUCGCUCCUGGAAUCUACUGUCCCCGCCCUUUCUUAUUAGUCCGAUACAUGAAGCUGUCUUCCAGGUUUAUCGCGCGUAUUUGCAGCAACCGUUUUGUAAUUACGAGGUUCAAACCUUGCGAGAGAGUGCGGUUAGUUUCCUGCUGUAGUGGUUUUUAAUAUGCUUGACACGCGGCAUUAUGUAUCAAGGAAUGUUGUGGCGCUGAUAAAUAUCUGAGAUCGUUAUCGUGUUCUUUUUGAUGAUAAAUUAUGACGGCAGGUUGUAAUCUUGUUUAUUUUAUCAUGAGAUGGACACGGGCUGAACUCCCCGGUGAUCACGGAGCAUACGCCAUAAAGCUUCUCCAGUGUACGUGUGAAGAUUCGGGACCCGAUCCUGUCAUUAAAUUUGAGAAAAUCAAUUUAUUUCAGAUGGCUGUCCCCGUCAUGAAGCGGCCCCAUGUGUUCCUUCAUGCCUCUUGGCAGCGUCGUUGUGUAUUUGCGAACUGAACCAAGUUUAGGGAUUCAAGAGCUCAGUGACCACACUCAUCCCUCAAAGUAAUCAGGUUAUUUUCUUUCUGUUUUUUUGCAAAGACGUUUGUUCAAUGUCCCGUUUGGAUGCCGCCCCUCCGGCUCAGAUGUGUUUCUGUGGCGCUUCACGCGACGCGCCCGUUGUCUCGGUUACGGAGCUGGUCUUCAGCUCCUGGUGAACGUCACCGACUGCAGCUGUGUCUAUUUCUGUUUGGUGUUGAUGGCUCUGUCGACGUCCUCGUUUCUCAGUGGGAUUGCAGUAUAUAAAAAAAAAUAUUGUAAUAAAAAUAAACUGUAUAUUUUGAACUUGUUAGACCCGUUUUAUGACGACAAUCGUUUGACUCGCUCAAGGAUGAAUAAUGUUGCAACGCCUGAAGAAGUUAAAUCCGAGUCGACCCAAAACCACCAGCAUUCAAACCGCUCGACAGAACCAGCCGUGAACGUCUGAAUGAACUCGCGUUUGAGUUUACUGGACAAAGAAUAUUCUGCAACGUGUUUUAUUUUGGGGAGGGUGGGUGGGCAUUGAUAAUCCACAGUGGAUUAUCUCAGAAACACUGUGUGUGUGUGUGUGUGUGUGUGUGUGUGUGUGUGUGUGUGUGUGUGUGUGUGUGUGUGUGUGUGUGUGUGUGUGUGUGUGUGUGUGUGUGUGUGUGUGUGUGUGUGUGUGUGUGUGUGUGUGUGUGUGUGUGUGUGUGUGUGUGUGUGUGUGUGUGUGUGUGACUUCGUGACUUCUCAUCAAAGUUGCUUUGAUUUUAUUUUUCAACCUGCUUUUUUGGAGCUGCAGUGCAUGUUUUUAUUUGUUGGCAUGCUGGGAGAUUUUUAUUUUACUGUAAAGAUGUUCAGCUCAAAGCUGCCCGUGACCCAACAGCUGCUUUACGCUGUAGUUUCUGUGCUGCUGUGAGAACAACUUUUAUCGGAUUCGAUUUGUUUCAUGUACAAUACGACAAACAAUACAUGUCAUUGUCUUUUUAUUUCAUAGCCUUUAAUUAUUUUUUUUAAGUGCUUAAUUUGCAGGGAGAGCUUGUGUUUUUCUGAGGUAGAUGUACAUCUAAUUAAAUGCCAAAUAAAUUGCACCAUGAAGGACGA